AUGGCGGAAAGGGUGUCUCAUGAUAGCGCACGUCCGGAAACAUUCGUCUCCGCGACACACUCAUACACAGCUCUUCCACGAGGACCACAAGACAACGUGUCCGGUGUCUCAACCCCAAGCAUGACAGAACAGUCUGUUCAAAAUCCUACAACAAACAAGAACCUUGCGUCCGUGAAAGAACAAAGCGUUGAUGGCACCCACGCAACUCUAGCACGGAGCGCUGUCCAAGAAUGGUUCUCUACUAUCUUAGAUGCGUUAUUGUCGUUGGCUCCAUUAUUCUUCCUGGUCAUUGCAAGUCUGAGUCUCUCCCUUGACGGCAAGCCCAUAUCUUCUUUCGGACAGAAUAUCAAGGCGAUUACCUUGCUGUCGCCAACCAUAUUCCCGAUAGUUUACGCAGCCAUUCUCGGGAAGGUGCUUCGGCGCAUAGGCCUUUUCAAAGCGGAACGAAGUUCUACUAUUGGUACCCUGGAGCAACUCAUAGGUAGCCAAUCCUUCUUCGCAAGCAUAGAAAGGCAAUUCGGAAUGCGACGCAUCAGCUUCCUUGGUGUUGCGAUCAUUGCGGCAUGGCUCUUGUCUCCUGUAGGCGGACAGUCUUCUCUCAGGCUCUUAUCGACAACACUUUCAAAAACCGCUGUCGACGGCGCAGUGAGAUAUCUACCUUCGGAGACUUUCAGAAACGACACUCUGUUUGGCGUGGCAAUGGCGGAAACCACCUGGGGUCGCUACGCGCCCCUCUACAUGACAUCCCUGCAGACCUCCCGGCUGACAGUCAACGCAUCUAGAGACCUGUUUGGCAAUGUACGAAUCCCGGAUAUAACCUCCUUAGACACGGCCAGUGACCCAACUGUCGUGGUUUCCGACUGGCGGCACGUGCCUGAAGAUGGGGAUAUUUCGUACACUUCUCUCCUUGGCUACCCCACCAUCGACGUCCCAAGAGUUGGCAACGUCUUGUUCACGAUUGAAUCCACGUAUUGGGAAGUUCGCUGCAACCCCUUCACCAAAGGUGCUCCUUUUGUGCUCAACGAGACGAUAGAUGUGGACCCGUACAAAGGACACCUUGGUCCAGGUACUGCAAGUACGAGUUUCGCCAUGUUGCUCAAAGACUCUGGUGGAUUCAACACCUCACUGCCCGGCAAUCGCAAGAUUCAAUUGGGGUUCGACUAUGUAUCGAAAAUUUCCAUGAACUCAGCCAUCAACUCAUCUUGUGCAGCUUCUCUCCAGCUGGUCGAAUCCGAAGUCGGCUGUGACACCGGUAUCUGCAGAGUGCAAAGAAUGCGAGACUCGAAGCGGGACCCACUGUAUCUUUUAGGGCAGCCAAGCUACUGGGGCAACGACAGAAGCUGGUCGGGCUUGUUCCGGAUGCUCUGCGAGACCAUGCCAGGCACUGACCUGGGUCCGGAUAACCCGCUAACGAGAAGCUCUGAGCUUGUCGAGCGGUUCAUUUACGAUCCGUCUCUCAAGACACUGUCCACCUCUGGAGUCGACAAGUACAAAAACACAAAGGCCUACUGGCUCAACAUGACUGAUAUACCCGUGGAAAUGUUCAGUCGGCGCCUGCAAACAGCCAUGAACACGUUCUGGGACUCGACGAUCGAAUUGGAAUACCGAUUAGGAAACCUGACCCAUCAAGAUAUCGAGGGAGGAAACACUACACUAAAGAACUGGAACUCAACAACCGCGACGGGCAUGCGCUACGACGGAGAGCAUUACGUAUGCCACGUCCCUUUCGCCGUGCUAACCAUCGCCAUCUCCUUCCUCCUAUUCGUUGCAGCAGCCGUCUCCGUCGUUCUUGGUUUCAUGACUAGAGCGCCAGAUAUCCUGGGUUACGUCUCCACCUACGCUCGCGACGACCCCUAUUUUGGGCAUCACGUCCCCUCGCACAUGGACGGCUUGGAGACUGCCAGGGCACUUCGAGACGUCCGCGUCAUUGUUGGGGAUGUGCACAAGGAAGACGAGGUGGGACAUGUCGCGUUCGCGUCGAUGGAGAGGGAGCCAGAUCGAGUCAAUAAGCAGAGGCUGUACGAUUAG